UGUACUAACACUUCCAGAUACAAUGUAAGAAAAUGUAUUUGAGUAAAUUAUUUAUAUAUAUACGUACAUGUACAUAUGUGCAUAUUUUUUAGAUUUGUGAACACCUUUAGACUGAACAAAGCUGCGUUUCAAUACGUCCUAGAGCAAAUCCGCCCGAAACUAAAACGCAACACGCGAAAGUCUGCUAUUACGCCAACAAUAAAACUGGCAACUGCUUUGCGUUUUUUUGCGCAAGGGUCAUAUCAGCUUAGCGUUGGAAAUGACUUUAAUUUGUCGUUGGCCCAACCCACGGUAAGCAAAAUUUUAUCCGAGGUGUUAGACGCGAUGGAAACUACAAUUUGCAAAAACUGGGUUACGUUCCAAAUGUCGGAAGAUGAGGAGAUGGAGUGCAAGCGAAGUUUUUUUGAACGAACUGGUUUUCCUGGAAUCAUUGGCUGUGUAGACGGAACGCAUAUUAAAAUAAUUGGUCCCUGCAAAAGCUCUCAACAUUUGUACUACAACAGAAAAGGUUUCUUUAGCGUAAAUGCAAUGAUUAUCUGCGAUCAUAAAAUGCGUAUAAGAUACGUAGACGCCAGACAUCCAGGCUCUGGACACGAUUCCUUAAUUUGGAAUACCAGCCGAGUAAGAAGGUUUUUAGAGGAAAAAUAUGAAGCUGGUGAACGUAAUUCGUGGAUUCUUGGUAUGAAAUUACAAUUAAUAUUGAAAUGAGUUUUACAUACAAGUUUUUAGGCGAUGCGGGUUACCCAUUAGAACCAUUUCUAAUGACACCUUAUAGAUCAGCGACUGAACACAGUGCGGAAAGCCGCUACA